AUGAAUAUUCAAGCUAUUGUUUGCAGUUUCAUUUUGGCCAUUGGUCUUGUUUUAAUUUGUACAUCUACCAAUACUGCUGACGAGGACUCUGAUUUCACGAAGACGACAUAUACAGUACUUUUCAUUAUUGGUUGUGUGAUGACUUUUGUUGGUGGUCUCGGAUACCUUUACACAAUUUAUGAAGUUCUCAUGAGAGCUCGUCAAAAGUUCCGAGAGAGACAACUGAGGAAGUUGGAGCAGCAAGUGGUUAGAAGAAGGACCGAGACGAUGGCUAGAACGAGAACGAUUGCUUUGACAAUGGAAAGGCAGAAAACAAUGUCUAUGAUUGGUGGAGGUCCUGUGUAG